GUAAGGCGGAAGUGAAUCCGACAUCUUUACACGGAAGGGGCAGGAGUGUGUUUUUGUUUUGUUUCAUAGCUUAUGUUUUGGCUAUGUAAACAUAGAAAAUACAUAGUUUUACAUGUCUUAUUAUAAGAAAGUGUAUUUAUAUAAUUCGCUGGCUUAGCAAGUUGUGUGUUGAUCGUUUUGAAAGUCCUGAAAAAUCUGUUCCCAUGGCUAAUAGUACGACUCUUCAGAAAGCUAUAGAUCUUGCCAGCAAAGCAGCUCAAGAAGAUAAAGCUGGAAACUAUGAAGAAGCCCUUCGUUUGUAUCAGGGCUCUGUACAGUACUUUCUGCAUGUAAUCAAAUAUGAUGCUCAGGGUGAAAAGGCAAAACAGAGUAUACGGGCAAAGUGUACAGAAUACCUUGACAGAGCUGAAAAACUGAAGGAAUACUUGAGACAUAAAGAAAAGCCAGCAACACCAAAGCCUGUGAAGGAGUCCCAAUCAAAUGGUGAUAAAGGGACUGAGAGUGAUGGAGAGUCAGAUGACCCAGAAAAAAAGAAAAUGCAGAAUCAACUUCAAGGUGCAAUUGUUAUGGAAAAACCAAAUGUGAAGUGGAAUGAUGUGGCUGGACUUGAGGGUGCCAAAGAGGCUUUAAAAGAAGCUGUGAUAUUGCCCAUCAAAUUCCCCCAUCUCUUCACAGGGAAGAGAACUCCAUGGAGGGGUAUCCUUUUGUUUGGGCCACCAGGGACAGGAAAAUCUUAUUUGGCCAAAGCUGUAGCCACAGAAGCAAACAACUCCACAUUUUUCUCAAUAUCCUCUUCAGAUCUUGUCUCAAAAUGGCUUGGAGAAAGUGAAAAAUUGGUGAAAAAUUUAUUUCAGCUUGCCAGAGAACACAAGCCUUCUAUCAUCUUUAUUGACGAAAUUGACUCUUUAUGUGGCUCCAGAAGUGAAAAUGAAAGUGAGGCUGCUAGACGCAUAAAGACAGAGUUUCUUGUCCAGAUGCAAGGUGUUGGAGUAGACAAUGAAGGCAUCUUGGUAUUAGGAGCAACAAAUAUUCCUUGGGUACUAGAUUCCGCCAUCAGGAGAAGGUUUGAGAAGCGCAUCUACAUACCGCUCCCGGAGGCAGCUGCUCGUAGUACGAUGUUUAAAUUGCAUCUUGGGGCAACACCACACAGCCUUACAGAAAAAGACUUCCGGGAUCUAGGACAAAAAACAGAAGGGUAUUCUGGAGCAGAUAUAAGCAUUAUUGUGAGGGACGCAUUGAUGCAACCUGUCAGGAAAGUUCAGUCAGCUACUCACUUUAAAAAGGUGAGAGGACCCUCACUAGCUGAUCCAAAUGUUAUGGUUAAUGACCUUUUAACUCCAUGUUCACCUGGGGAUCCUCAAGCAAUUGAAAUGACAUGGAUAGAUGUUCCAGGAGAUAAACUGCUAGAACCCAUCGUAUCAAUGGCUGACAUGCUGCGAUCCUUAACCAACACAAAACCAACAGUAAAUGAGCAAGAUCUGCAAAAACUGAAGAAGUUCACAGAAGAUUUUGGUCAAGAGGGCUAAUCCAAAGAACAUUUUCUGCAUUACAAGUGGUCUACCUUUCUUAACUAUAUACUCCUGGAAGACAUUUUUUGCCGAAGCUCUACAGUUGACUUUAUUAAAACUUUCAUUGGACCUGGCUGCUUCUUUUGUUGUUUUUCAUGCUCUACCUUUUUUACCUUGAGUGUUUCCUAAUCUACAGCAACCUCUGUAUUAGAGACAUUGACACAAUUACUUCUUUCACUGUCCAGCAUGUGCAAGUGGAGUCCUUGUUUCAUUGACUGUGUGUGUUAACAUGAAGGUAAUCAUUACAAUAAAAAGCCUCUUCUGCAGAUUUUGUUAAAAAAUACAAGGGAAACCAUGUAUGAUAAUUUGGUGUUAACUCUGUAGUUAACACAGUCGCUGUGCUGCCUCAUACGUGGGUUACCUCAUUAACAGCACUUGAAGUUGGAAUUAAUUUCCCAGUUAGCAUUGGACUUUUUUUCAUAGUGUGUGGUACUGACGCACUGUAAACAAUUAAAAGAAAAACUAUGCAGAAGCAGCAGUGAAAGUGUUUAGUCAAAGUGAAACUCAUUGCCUGUAUGUCUAUUCACUUCAUAGGGAUUCAUCAGAUGUGGGUGCAUAUGUGCAGUCUGUUGAAGAUGUAUUGUAGCAUUUUUGUUUGAGGUAGCUUAGCAGACUUAACACAGUCGCUGUGCUGCCUCAUACGUGGGUUACCUCAUUAACAGCACUUGAAGUUGGAAUUAAUUUCCCAGUUAGCAUUGGACUUUUUUUCAUAGUGUGUGGUACUGACGCACUGUAAACAAUUAAAAGAAAAACUAUGCAGAAGCAGCAGUGAAAGUGUUUAGUCAAAGUGAAACUCAUUGCCUGUAUGUCUAUUCACUUCAUAGGGAUUCAUCAGAUGUGGGUGCAUAUGUGCAGUCUGUUGAAGAUGUAUUGUAGCAUUUUUGUUUGAGGUAGCUUAGCAGACUUUUUAUUUUAAGCACUGCAAUGGUAAAAAAGUUACUUUGACUAAAUUCUAAACAUUAUCUUUCAACACACAAUAAUUGCUUUACCACAAGGUCAGAAAUGUUGUGUGCCUCACAUUGUCUUGUAUAGACCUUAGGAGCUGAUGAAUUUAUGAAAAGGUUUUUGGUUAAAUUGAGACUUUAUCCAGUUUGUUGAAUAAAACACAAUUUAUCAGGAGAUGUGCUACAAGGGAGCUUUAUUCCUCUCAUCAAGAUGUAGUGACCCUGAAGUUAGUUCAAAUAAGGGUGGGAAUCCAGGAGCCCAGUAUUCUAGAAGGUUGUGUGGGACAUUGGCUUCAAAUGUAAGUGAAGAAAAAGAAGCAGAAAAGGGUUAAAAUUGGCAUUCACUAAAUUCACAUGAAAAUGUAGAAAUAAGUUAAUUGUUUUGCUUGAUUGCCUUGUGAGGUUAUAUAGUUCUAAGCAUAUUAAUAGAAAUAGGAAUUUGCACCAUGAUAUAUGCAGUGUGUUUCUAAUCACUGAUACUUUUAAUUGUAGAUUUAGUGCGGUAUCGGAAUGUUUUUAUUGUAGUUUCUGUCCUGUUAGAGUGCUGUCAAACUGCAUUCCAUUGAUCUGGUAAUCUCACAUCCUUAAGGAAAGGUGAUGCUUAAGGGCAUUCAAGAAGCCUGAAAGAGCUUUAUUCCUUGGGGUCUUCAAGCUUUGUUAAUUGGUGGAAUUUAAAAAUCAAAUGAAAAAGUGAAAUCCAAAAGCUUUUCCAACUGUGUAGCUUUAGAAAGUUCAGUAUAAAGGAUAUAGUCGUACCCAUUGCUCAUUCCAUGCCUAGUGCAUUUUACAUCAUGGUAGGCCAACUUUUCAUGCACACAAACAUCUGUGUGCAUCAGUUAUGAAACAGUCAUUUUUGUAGGUGUAGUAUUCAAAGAUUACCUAGUCAUAUACUGGAGGUUAGGUGUAUAAGCCAGUAUUGUGAACAUGCAAAUGGCUUUGGCAGUCACUGCCUCCAAGUCUGCUGCUAUGUCAUUUCAUUUUGUAUUCUUCCAUAAUUAAAUGCAGAUAGGUACUGAUUCCUCAUUGAAAUUACAUGGUUUCUGGUGUAGUCCAGUCUCAUUAGUUUUUACUGAAGCACUUUUUCAAGAAAUGCAAGUUUAGUUGUAUAUUUUACUAAACAGUAUGUGCAUUCCGACAGCAGUAAGCAUGUGACUUGUUUAAGCAGCAAAAAUUGUAAAGAUAGAGCUGUAGGUUUUUAUUGAGCUUACUGCAAGAGAGAAUGAAAAGCUCAGCCACACCACUCAACACUAGUGGGGAAAUUAAAAAUGUCCCGUUAUGUUCUUGUGUUUUUGCUCAUAAUAUUUAAUUCUAAAUGAAGCACAGGAGUAGAUAUUCUUGAAUGGUAGUAACUUGUGACUGGAAACACCAAGAAAGUGUAUUUUUAAAAAAGCCACAUUUAUCAUGCAGUGUGAUGCUGUAUCCUUUACCCUAGAUUAACAACUGUUAAGAGAAUGUUUGGAUUAUCAUACUGUAGAUGGAGUUGGGGAUCUCUUGAUUCUUAAACAGUAUGGCUCUUGCAUAUUCUUAGUUCCAAAGUACCAUUAAAUGCCAUAGUGAACCACAUGCUUCUAUUUAUUGACCUUCCACACAGUAUAUGAAUAAUAUGCCUCGUCACACAAAACACAUGGACCAGAAGAUGUUGCAUACAUUUAAUUUGUUGCUAAUGUUGCUGCAGCAGUCUUCAGUUGCCUACCCAAAUAACCAUUGCUGGUGCAGAAUAUCUGUUUCAAAAUGGGUAUGAGAGUUGGCUGAUGGCAGUGUUAAAAAAAAAAAAAAAAAAGUGUAAGCAGUUUCAUUUUUUAUGUUGGCAGUAUAAUACGUUUGGUAGUAACAGUAAAUAUGCUAGCCAAAACACUCCUAGGAUCAGUGCUAACCAUGUGCCUUUAUAAUGAUUUAGCAAGACAUCCAGUUUACUUAUUUAAAUUGUAUAUGGUAAGUCACAAGGAAGUCCAGAGCACACUGUAUUCACGUUUUCUGGCUUUCUGUAACUAGCUUUUUUAUUUUUUAACCCAAGAAGAGUAGACAUGUACAUUGUAACAUAAGGCAAUUUGCAUAUUUCUUUGAUUGUUUUCUGUCUUACUGUAUGAUACUUUGAUUUUUAGGUGGGUUAAAUGCAACUUUGCUAGGCUUUAUAUUUAAAAUCAUUUAAAAUCUUAGUGUAAUAGAAUAUUCAGUUCUGAUGUGUAUAGUUACUUUGAAAACUUAAAACAUAUUUUAUUGGUACACAGUAGACUUUAUUUCACUUCCAGAUUUGUUUAAACAAGAAUGGUUCUUGGUGUUAUGGAUCUCUAUUUCAGUAUAUUUGUAAAUAAAAAAGUAAACACAUUGUGAUUUUUCUCUUAA